GUCAGAAGUUGAUAUUUAAACAACUUUUCUUUGUUCCCUCUCCACGUAUGUAACAUCAUAGGAUUUCCUUCUGGGGUACUGAUCUGCAGUGCCAGCAGACUCGACGAAUCAGAAUAGCGGUAUAAUAGAAAAGUAGGCACAUGAGUGCACGCUUGAGUGCAGUUGUAAGGCUAUGCCAGCAUCGAAAUGGGGCUCCUCUGGAGACCAUACUGCCCACAGGAGGUGGAGGAGCUCUGAUAGCUUUUCAGAUAUUUUCCGCAUAAGCUGGUCAACAAAGUUAGCAGCAUGCGCGCUUAUUGUAUACGGCGCUGUGGCAGACACGGUUACGGAGGCGGAUCGGGCUUUCGUCCCAACGGCCAUAUCAGAGAUCCUGGAUAAGUAUUACGGCAAUGCCGCUGUCGCGCAGUCAUUUGGUCGGCCGCGGCUGCUACUGUCGGGUCCUGGUGGGCGCACGCAGGAAAAAGCAGUGGUGAGCUGGCUCACGUCGCAUCUGAAAAGUAAUGGUCCGAAAGACGGAGCACGUUGCAGUGGUGCUACGUGUACGCCACUCAUGGAAAGCGCAGGAAAGUGUCCAUCAUGGGUGUACUGGUCGCUACCGCGUGAGGGUGGCUCAGACUUGUGGGCUGCGGCCAGCUCCGCAGCAUGCUCCGACGUUCCACUGGUCGGUGCCACAAGCGCGUCGUGUGGAGAUUUUUCCGAGGAAGUCUGCUUUGAAAUCGAACGCCCGGGUGCGGCAGAGCGAGAUCGACUCGUGCAGCACACGCUGAACCGUUUGCCAUCGAAAAGAUUCGGAGGUUUGUCUCAUUUCUUCUAUUGCGAACACUAAUAUCCUGUGCCUUCAUUUCUUCAUCUCUGACGCACUCGGCACAUUGAUGAAGCACUCAACCCUAACCAUUAAUGGAAUCGCUCUCGUUAUGUUUCACAUAGUCACUGGUCUUCCGGAAGUAGAGGAGACUAACUUAGUACUAGUCAAUUCUGUCUGUCUGUCCACUAGAACUGAUUGCACUAUAUAAUUCUGCUCCACCAAUGAAAUCAAUGCAAAUAUUGCAUUACACAGAUUUGUCCGAAAGCAGCAUCAAGGAGCUAGUGGACUCUGUCUUUGACGGCCUGAGUUUUGACCAGAUCGAGAUGGUUUUUUGGGGCGCUCUGGCGGAAGCGGGAGAAAAGACGGGAGUCGCAUUGCGGCACUUUGAGUUAGGAAAGACCGCUAUUUUUGGCGCAGCUGCAAAAGACGAGGCCGUGAAGGAUUCCUCUUCAAAAGACACCGCGGGUCAAGAAGAGAAGAAAAAGAAGAAGAAGAAUAAGCCAAAAGGAGCAUGGGAAGAGCCGCUGUAUUUCCUUAGAUAGCCAUGAAGAUGAAGAUGAUGCGGAGCGAUGGCCACUAGUGCUAUCGCCGUUCGAAAUGAGAUGAGAACGAAGGCUGCUCCUCUUGGAACAAGACGUAGACGCAGAGCAAUAGAAAUAGUAUUGCAAAACCCGUGCUGGUUGUAAAAAACUACUUAUUAAAUAAAACAUUCCGUACAUCGAACAUAAAACCAGGUUGAAGGAGGUGCUUCCAGAGGCUCUUCAUUUUCCUCCGAUCAUAUGGGGUCUAUUACUCUUUGCGAUUGUAGCGCACCUGAUGACGUCAUACAUGACGAGCAAGACGAAGGGUAGGCCGAAUCCGCUCAGUGCAAGCAGAGGUGCCCGAGGAGGAGGAGGUAACUCAGAUUUUUGAGCAGUUUAUGGGUUCCAUGACAACAUAAACCAAUGGAUCAAAGUUUGCUCUGUGGUGAGAAUAUAAAGGUUUUCAAAAGUUUGUGUGUUUUACAUGGAAAGAUGAUUGAUGAGUCAUUUAUUCUUGGUUCAUUCUUUUUUCUAGGUCGGUCGUCGUCCUUUAUGUCGCAAAUCUUGAAUUCCUUGCCAGGGCGCCUGGGCACGAGCCCCAUGGGCGCGGGCCUUGCGAAUCCCGGGAUGUGGGAUGAUCCCGACUUCGCGAAUAUGAUGGCUAGCAAUUCAGAAAUGGCCAGUUCCAUGCUUGGAGGCAAGGGAACUGGAGGUAUGGGUGACGGUAAGGGUGGUCUACCGGAUAUGAAAGCCUUUUUGAGUGCCAUGCGAAACAUCGAACGAGACCCGGGAGGCAAAGGGCCCGGGGACAUAGGUGGUGGUGUGAACGGGAAGAAAGAGAAUUAGGUAGAUGAUGGAUGUACUUCUCAAAGAACGUAAAGGUGUGGGACAGGGAAUAGAUCGUGGAUGCUCAACAUUUUUUUUAUGAUUGAGGUAGCUAAAAAACCGUCAUCUAGCUGCCUCCACCUAUGAUUGAAUGAACUUUUUACUGAUUUUGCAGACAGGAACCCUGGCUGCUUUUUGCUGACUUCCUCUACUUCGAAGAAGCAUGACUCGCACGUUCGAUCCCUCUUUCCAUCUUCGUAUCCCCGUGCUUGUGCGGCAUAUUUUGGAGUUGUCUUAGGUUCUUCAGCUUUGGAUGCAAAACCGGCACUCCAAGAGGUGAUAGGUGUAACUCUACUGGCUGGC